CCAAUCCACAUUCAAGAAGAGUAUAAACAAACGCAAUUUUCCUGACGAUUUUCCUUGUUUUUCCAUUAAAAAACACCCUCACGAUGGUUUAUAUCACGUUUCCAAACAACCUGACUGAGGAAGAGCUCAUGCUGCAAGCGAAAUACCAAAAAUUAAAGAAAAAAAAAAAAGCUUUACAAAUCCUCAAAGUCCCGAAGCAAGAAGUGGAAAAGCCCAAAUUGAACAUAAAACGUGCCGAAGGAGCUCGCGAAGUCGCCCGAAAACUGCUAAAAAGCGGCGCUGUCGCUAUAAAACCCGUAAAACAAGAGCAAGUCUCCUUCAAGCGACCCAAAAAUCAGGAAAGGAAAAAAGCUGCAUCUGACAUGAGUCCCGUCGCGGCAUAUCAACCCUUUUCCGCAUCGACUUCCGAUUCGGAUCACGGGGCACGAAAAGAAGCCGCUUCCGAGAAAAUGGACACAACCGAGGGAGCCAGUGGUGCUGCCCGGUAUCAAAACUUGUAUCAGCAUUUCGCCAGUGAACGCGACAAGGAGGAACGUGGAGUCUCCGAUAAGGCAGAGACGAAGGACAAACGCACCGGAAACACCAUUUACGUGUCGGGCAAUAAAAUUUCCGAGGAUUAUUUGCGGAAACAUUUCUCCGAUUUCGGCCAGAUUUUGAAUAUUAGCAUGGAAACGGAGAAAUAUCGCGGAUUUAUCACGUUUAACAAGCCAGAAGCGGCGGAAACGGCAAUUGUGGAGAUGCAUACGAAGAGUAUUGCGGGAAUUACGUUGCAAGUGAGUCUGGCGCGACGUCAACCGCAGAUAGAACCGAUAAAUGACGCUUCGUCGUCCGCUGUUUGGUCGACGUUGGCAAGUAAUCAGUCGCAAAAGGGCAAUCAUAAGGCAGAUCGGAGAGAAUUGCCGACGUACAAUGACUUGGAUAUGUUUUAAGUGGUUAGGUUUAAGGAGAAAUAUAAGAAAAAUCUAUAAAAUUUACUCGAAAUUG